CCCGAGGUGUGCUCGUGGACUGCCGUCCCCUGCAUUCAGAGAUGGGCUGCUGACGAUGAUUUGUUGUCACUUACUCAAAGCGUCCCUAUUCCUAAUGACUACAUGACAGACUGUUUGCCAGUGGCCCUUCGCUGUGUCUUCAUGUUAGAAGCCACAUCAUCAGACGCAGCUCAAACAACGUUGGUGUGGAAACCGUGUGUGAGUAUGUGAUUAGGGCUGGACCUGGACUCAGAGGGGACGGCUCCUGUGGAUGCUGAGGAUUAGCGGUAACAGCUGCUAUCCUGCCCAUUAGAGGAGAGACAGAAAAGACUUGAGAAGAGAGAAGAAAAGACUUGUUUAAAGGAUGUGUCUCUGCAACGCGGAGGGGAGAAGCCUUUCCAUCAAGCCGGAAGGAAAGUGUGUUCCUAACAUCGUAUUGAAGCUGUUACUUCUUGUGACACAAGACAAGGGUAGGAUGAAGGUCCCAGCUGCCCUCACAGGCUGGGCUUGUACAGCUCUCUGCCUGGCUUCCUACUCAACUGCCUUUUCCCAUGGUGCUGGCUCGGUGGCCUGUGAGGACAUGCAGCCCAAGCACAUUCAAGCCCAGCCUCAGAACCCCCGGACGCACCACAUCACCAUUCACACCAGCAGAUCUUCCUACUUACCGGGAGAGACCAUUCCAGUGACCCUGAGGAGCAGUCGGGAUUUCAUGGGAUUUCUACUGCAGGCGCGAAGAGUCUCUGAUCAUCAAAUAGCUGGCACUUUUGUUUCCAUUCCUCCUCAUUCCAAACCAAUGGCUUGUUUUCAAGAGGCUGACACAGUCACCCACUCUGACAAGUCCCGGAAGAGAAACCUGGCCUUCGAGUGGCAAGCUCCUGCCCAGCCUGUGGGGGACAUCAGAUUCCUUUUAUCCAUCGUCCAGUCCUAUUUCGUUUACUGGGAGAGGAUUGAAUCCCCUGUGGUGUCUCAACAGAUAGGCAGCAGAGCCCUGGGUGAUGGCCACGUGCACCCAGGCUCACUGAUGCCAAUCCUCGGGUGGCGACCAGAGGGAACUGAAGGAACUGCCCCAGCUUCCAGUUCCCUUACCACUCUUCCCCAGAAGCGUGCAGACAUCUUGGCUGUUGCCCUAACUGGAGCUGCAGAGGAGAACAGUUUAGAUCCUUCUCCUGCCAGCUUUUGGGUGAUGGAGUUUCCUGGGGGUGCAGAGACUCUGUUCCAAUCAUCUUCACACACAGCUACUGCAAUCAGCAAUGGCCAGCAACCCAGAGGGGACAGCAGCCCAACCCCAGAACUGUCCCUGAAUGUCCAUGGGCUGGAGAGACUCAUGGCUCCCAGGAGAUUCUCCUCAGAGGGCAGUGCUUCCAGCCCUAGCACCUACCUCAGGACUCAGGAUGAUCCAAGCUUUGGUUCAUUGGAAACUUGCCUGCCCUCAGAUAGGGAUGAACAGGACAAGAUGGAGUCCUCUAAUAAGACUGUGAUGAGCCCCCCUCUGUCCACUGUCCAUCUUACCUAUCCUCGGCACCUCUGGUCCUCUGAAGCAUUCACUGGGAGUGAGGCUAGGGCAGCCACCCCAACCCCUGUCUUCCACACUUCUACCACUUCUAGGCUACCUGCUGUAGGCAGCCAGUCAGAGGCAUCUAGGUCUUCUGCCAGCUUUUUACCUCAGUCAAAGUACAAGGAGCCCAGAGUGGGGAAGGGAAAUGGAAGGGGCAGAGGGGGAUACCUCAGGAAGCCCAACCCAAGGUCUGAGGUUGGGCAAGAGGGACCCAGUGCCCCUUUGGGGAUCCAGCUCAAGACUCCCCAGCUGGGACUCCUGAUUUGCCUUUCAGCCACCUUGGGCAUGGCCCUUGCCGCUGGCCUUCACUACCUGUAUGCCCAAUAUUGCCACACACAGAAGGAAGUGUCCUUCAGUGAGCCUGCUGGGGAUGCUGUUACCAGGAGUGAGGAAGAUGAGACCGUACAUGUCAGGAAGAUCGGGGAGAACAGUUUUGUUUCGGUUGAAGUGGAAUACAACUGGAUCACUUCCUCUGUGGGUAGCGAGAAAACAGUCCUCUGAGAAGAUCGCGGUACUAGGCAGGCCUCUGAGUGGCCUUCCCUAGACCCUGCAGUGUCUCAGCCAGAACAGAGCUAAUGAGAAUAGCUGAUGAGGACAGGGGCUCCCCCUACCCCCUGUCAGUGAGCAGUUAGUGAAGGAAGCUGUGAGCGGACCGUUUUAUCAACAGAGGGAGUUCUUCCCGAGCUUUGUUGUCUUAACAUCUGUAAUUUAGCUGCUUUUUUUCUUUUCACAAUUAGACGUUCUGUUUGAAGAGUUAAACUCCACACAAUGAAUAUUGUAUAACCUGCUCAUUAACUAGACUCCUGUGGCCACUAAGCUUCCUCUGUUGCCUUAAGGAACCUGCAGAAAUAGAAAUUCUGUCCCUCCUCAGUAUGUCAGCCUCAUCCCCUCCAACUCUUUGGGAAAAAAAAAAAAAAAGUAAUGUUGGGGUUGUGUCUCUUGCAAGAAAAAGAACCACGGCCCUUACUUUGCUUCUCCAAACUACCCCUAAAAAAGUUUCAUUUUCAAAACUGGCUCUCCUUCAGUUGACUAGGUGAGUGCAAGGGUAUUCAGUCUUCUUGGAAACUCAGAAGCCUGGCAUAUCCCCUUGGAAAUCGAUCUGAAGCAAGGAGAGUUUGAGAGAGCUCGACUGAACACAUCUGUGGGAAAAUGUGUACAUGCCGCUUAAACACCAGAGUGGAGUAAGCAAGGCUCUUCAUCUGGUGUAAAUGGAUCUGAAACUUCCCAUCCAUUUACACUUGUUGGGAGGCUUAUGUAUCCUAACAGCUAGCAAACAUAUUGCCUUUUGCCAAAGGUUAGGAUGAAAAAAAAUGAUGAUCCCACACAAUUUGAAGAAGAGCCUCUACUCAUCUUUUCAGGGAGAAAAGGAAGACAGCAUCAUGGACAAAAUCCAUCUUCCUGCUCUUUUGAUUUAUGAAGAUCACUCUGAUUUAGGAUGUGUCCUGUAGAUAUUGUGUGGGUUCGAGUCGACAGGUUUGACUAUAACUUUUGAAUAUGCUCACCUAAUAUGACACGUAGAAAUUAGCUGCCUUUUCACAUAGAAAUUAGCUGCCUUUUCAGAGACAGAUCUGUUACAGAGUCACAAAGCAUUUUAAUGAAGAAACAGAAAAGCACUAUACAUUUGGAAAUGAUGUUUAUUUAUCCAGCACCUAGAUCGUAGAGGUACUGUGCUAAUAACUUUGCAUACAUUUUCACAUUUAACUUUCACAAUAACUUAAUGAAGAAAAAGUGUAGUAAUUUGCCAAAAGGAGAGAGGCUUUCAUGACAUCUCAAUUCAACAGCAAAAACUUUCUUUUUUUUUAAUUGGGGAUGUGGGAAAGAGAUAGACCCUGCUGUUUCUCUAGCCUCUUUUAGCUCAUUGGGCACUAAUACCAUGGUUGUUUCCCCCUGGAUUCUGGGCAGCUCUGUCUCCUGUCUUCAGUCAAGUGCCUCAUUAGGAAAGGGAGACCUAGGUAAUUAUGUGUUCACAAAUGAAAGUGUUCUAAAAACUGUGGAAAUGAGUGGAUUUACCGUACACAAAUGGUGGCCACAGAUAUCCCUUUACAUAUCUCACCCUCCUCAAUGAAAUCCUUCCCAAGAUGUAGACGAGGACUCCACCAGUGGAGAGCUCUCCUUGGGCCAUCACAUCAGAUGGCCAAGUGUACUACAUGUACGCCUUCAAGAUCUUACCUGUCCAAGAGGGCAUUUUCCUGGUAAAACAGACUGUUAUCUAUUUGUGUCACAAUUGUUUGUGAAAUAAACUAUCCCAAAACUCAGUGGUUUAAAAUAGCCAUGA